GCUGAGCUUGGUCAGCUGACCGCGGCGGGGGACUAAACCCUGGAGCGCGGUUCGCCGAGGGUCUUGGCGCGAAGGAACCCUCACCUGGCUCGGUACACCAGCACCUCCCUCCCACACGGUCCUGGGCUGGGAAGCUCCCUCUGCAGCCAUGGUCUGGAAGAAACUGGGGCCCGGCAACUUCUCCAGAUGUCCCAAUGGCUCUAGCCUGUGGAUCUGGGAUGUAUUUGGCGAAUGUGCCCAGGAUGGCUGGGAUCAGGCCAGUGUGUUCCUGGGCUUGGUCUCCAUCCUCUGUUUUGCUGCCUCUACUUUCCCGCAGUACAUCAAGGCCUGCAAGACUGGCAACAUGGACCAGGCUCUGUCCUUGUGGUUCCUCCUGGGCUGGAUUGGUGGAGACUCCUGCAACCUCAUUGGCUCCUUCCUUGCAAACCAGCUGCCCCUGCAGACCUACACGGCUGUGUAUUACGUCCUGGCCGAUCUGGUGAUGUUGACCUUGUACUUCCAUUACAAGUUCAAGAAACGCCCCUCUCUGUUGUCUGUGCCCAUCAAUUCUGUGCUCCUGUUCAUCAUGGGGACAGUGUGUCUUGUGCCGCUGCUCAGCAGCCCGGGCCCUGUGGCUGUGCCCAGCAGAGUCUUCCAGGGGCGGACGCUCCUGUCUGUGGAGCUGGGCAGUAAGGGGAGGUGCGGCUCACCCCAAGGCCCUCCCUGCCAGGUCAGGUUCACGUUGGUGCCCUUCACGAAGCAGGAGAUCAUUGGCUUCGUCAUCGGCUCCAUCUCCAGCGUGCUGUACCUGCUGUCCCGGCUGCCGCAGAUCCGCACCAAUUUCAUACGCAAGUCCACCCAGGGGAUCUCAUACUUGCUGUUCGCGUUGGUGAUGCUGGGGAACACGCUGUACGGGCUGAGUGUGCUGCUCAAGAACCCCGAGGUGGGGGAGAGUGAGGGCAGCUACCUGCUGCACCACCUGCCCUGGCUCGUGGGCAGCCUGGGCGUGCUGCUGCUCGACACCAUCAUCUCCAUCCAGUUCCUGGUGUACAGGAACCGCCCCACCUCGCCAGAGCACGAGCCCCUCCUCCACAGCUGAGCCCUGGACAGACGGACAGACGGCAGGGACCUCCCGACCCAGCUGCCCCCUGCCAAGCCCCAGUCCUUCCGGACCUUCCCGACGGACUCAGCCUUCCAGACGCAGGAUGGCCUCCACAGACAAGCCUCCCCAGGGAGCCUGGCCGGACCCAAGGCGCCCUUUCCGCUACCUCAUUCCACCCGCACGUCCUGGGGGCGGGCCAUGGGCCCCCUCCCCCACACAGCCAUUGACUCCACACCGACUAGUAAACGGCACUCCCCGGCCCGGAGCCUGCGUCUGCUGCUCCUUCCUGGGGUACUGGCCUCUGGGCUUCUGGUGGGACACGGUGGCUGGCAGGGACCAGGCCGAGCCCAGAUCAGCCUCCGGGGCCCGUGGUUUCUUUGGCUGAGUGUGUUCUCUCUGGCCGUGGGGACGCAACCCUGCUUCAGGGCAGGUCAGGAGCAGCAGGUGGACACGUCUUGGCCCACGCUGGCCAUUAGCUCAUCGCCUGUGGGUGGACAAUGUGAGGGUCAUGCAUCCCUCUGGAGGAUUAACUGGGAGGGCCGCCAGGCUAGCGGGGACGUGGGUUCCCUGGAGGUGGUGCCAGGAGGUGCCAGAGGAAGGAGGUGGGCGGGGCUUGGCCCUGAGCUGGGCCUUCUGGGCCCCAGCUUCUCUGCUCUCCUGACCCUGUUCUGUCCGGUCGCCAGCCUGCGCGUGUCUGCCAGCAGAGGGGCCACCUGCUGGCCUGGUCCCAACUCUGCCCACCUCCCUGCACGAUCAGAAGCCAGGCCUGUCUCCUGCCCUCAGAAAACAUCUAGAUGAGCGCUCCGAAGCCCAAUCUUCCCCAGCCUUCCAGGCUUGGACUGGAGUCAUGUGUGGGGGCGGGGCUGGUGGACCCCGCUGGCUGCCCCAGCCCUUGGCACUCGGCCCAGGAGGGCCUGGGCACAGGCGUCCUCAGCCUGCUCAUCCCGUGGGACCACGUGUGGCCUCCAAACAGCAUGCUGAUUAAAUGAGAUGUGAGUAUAGACUUAAGCCCUGCCUGGCACGUGGCCCACGGGUAGUCUGUCCAUCCCACCUGAAGCGGCUGUGGUGUGGUCACAGCGGCAUCUCUGGUGUCUUUCCCUUUUCUCUCUGGCCCACCUCUCUCGGUGCGGCCUAAGGAGUGGAUGCUUCACUUUCAGGUUUAGGCUCAACUGCAGAAACAACUGUACACCUGAGGCCCUUGGGGGGGGGGGGGCUGGUCAGCCUAGGUGGCUCCAAAGGUGCAUGUCACGGUGGGUUAUAUGUAAGCAUUUGAGACAUGCAAUCCAGGCUGGUCUCAAAUGCAUCCUCCUGCCUCCGAAUCCCAAAUGCUGGGAUUCCAGGUAUGUGCUUCCAUGCUCACCUGCAGUAUGUUAACUGUGGAAUGAGGUGUCCCAUAUAAAAAGCCUUGCUCAGGGUCUUGCCUGCCACCCAGCAGAUAGAGGCUUUGCCUCUCCGAAGUCCCAGGGAUAGAGAGAGUGUGGGGCAGGAGAAGCUGGCUGCCAGGUACCAUCUCCACAUGUCUGCAAACUGUCAGGCCCUCCCAGGACAACUUUCAGUUCCCUCCUUCUCCAGAAGGGGGCGCAGCAGCUCGCCCGUGGUACUUUUGCCUUCCCCUAGAGGCCCAAGGUCUGGAGGUCAUCAUGGCCAUGUCUGUGGUCCUGGCAAGCUAUAGCUUUCUGCCAGACAUUCUCCCAUCCCACCUGGCCUUCACAGGAGCUGAGGGGUGGGACCUGAGCUCUUGGGAAGCAGCUUGGUGCCAGCCCCAUGGCUAAGUACUGAUCUAGCUCUGCCGGAGCCAGUCCCGAGGACACAGUCGCCUCUCCUGCCCACACUCUGAACCUCGCCACUGGACCAAGACCAGCUCUCACGAUCAGCACUGUAUCCCCAGCAGAGUAGGCAAUGCCUGAGGCAUCGAAGGAUUCUGGCUUCAGUGAAGGAGACAGGCAGAUCUUCCCCCCCUCCCCCCAGGACAACUGCUUUAUGUGGGUGAAAUGCAUGGUAGAUAAAUGAUAGCAAAUCGGCUAUUAUUAAAAUCUGAGUGGGAAGGUAGGGGGAGUGAGGAUAUAAUUCCAUCUUGCCACAUUUGUGAGUCUUUACCUUGGACUCAGAAACUACCAGUCAGCAACCAGAAAGAUUUCAUUGACAGCUGGGAGGGUGACACCACCUACUUUUUCUAAGGAUCCUUUCCUGAAAACUUACCCCGAGUUGGAAACACUCAGUGAGGCCGAUUACCUGAUGCAAUAUUUUAUAUGCUAGAGACAGUCAACCGCCAUGGUUGUGUUUCAGAAAUGUCACAUCUUUACAAUUUGUACUGAAGCGAUACAAAUUAUAACCAAUUUAUAAAAUGAGAGAAAGACUUAAUAGCUCAUCUAUUCUCCCAAGAGGCACAGUGAAAAUGUGUAACAAGAUCAAGUGUAGUGGAUCUUAACUGUACUCCUAGCAUUCUGGAGGCUAAGGUAGGACUAAACUCGGGAAUUUGAAGCUAGUCUGGACUACAGAGACCCCAUCUGAUGAAAACUGAAAUAAAGCGAAAUGUCUAACAGUUCUUA